AUGGGGUUUUUACUGUUUAUGGGAGGUCGUAUCGCUUACGAUCAGGCGAACGACAAGCUCGUCUCAUUCAAAAGCAACAAAAAAAAAUGUCGCCUGAGAUGUUGCUGAUAUAACAAAUGUUUGAAGUUUUCCUCGCUAAUCUUAUUACAACGCUGCUACGAACAAGGCCACGUGGCUGCUUUAAAUACUUAAUUUAAUCUUAUUUCGUUCGUAUUUUAAAUUUCGUUACGUUUUAUUGACGUUAUUGUUAUAGCUCGUUGACGUCACUAAGCUUUCAUUAAGCUUUAAUUUGACCCAUAACAACAAAGAUAUUUUCAAGUUUAGUUAAAGAACUUAUAGCGUUGCAUCGCGCGUCUUUCGUGAAGCCUCGCAAGACAGUUGCCGGGUUUGAUAUUCACGAUGACAUAGAUAGAUCGGUCUGCGCGGACGAAGUUGCGGGCUAUUACCUAAAUAAAUAUUUGUUAUAGACGCACCAGUUAUUCCAUACCAGCAGUCGCAUUGAAACUAAUUACAGUUCAAACAUUUAUUUGAGAGGUCGAAAUAAUAAACUAACUCGUUCACUCCACUGUAGGUUUUGUGAUAUUUGAUCCAUUCAUAUAAUAAUGGCGUUUUGUAUGUGAGGAAUACAAAGUCGAUCGUUUCUAUGCACUUCUGCUAUUUAAUUAGAGUUCAUUUGUCCCUUUACUAAUAAGACCAUAAGGGCGAGAAUCAAUAUACUCUGUGAAGGCACUGUCACAAUGGAAUCGAUUAUUUUCCCUUAAAAAAAGUUUUUUGCUAAUCUGUUGGAGCGACGUCCGGGGAGUACGGUGGAUGUCGCAGACAUUCCAAUAGCAGCUUCUUUAGUUUAUCGUCCGUCUGUUGUGCAGCGAGUGGUCUAGCGUUGUCCUGAAGCAGCCGUGAUACAGCGAUUGACCGGCCUCGAUUGUUUAGCAGCUAGUUCCUCCAUCAUGGUUUAAAAUUUGGCCCAAUGAUUACGACUCAUACACUCACAAGUAAACUUAUUUGAGUUAAUUUUCGCUUGGUGCAGGAUUGACGGGUUCUCAAAAAUUCAGCCAUUGAUUUGAUUUUGAUUAUCGUACAGGAUCCACUUUUCAUUACAGCUAAUGAUUCGAUUAAAAUCCCUUCAUUAUUAUGUCGAUUGAGCAAUGUAACGCAGCAGUCGACAAGUAUUUGCUGGUUUGAUUUCAUUCAAUUCAUGAGGUACCCACUUUUUAGAUGGUUUUACGUUCCCGAUUUGCUUCAAGUUGAUUAAAACAGUUUUAUCACGCACACUAAAGCCUGCAGCUGACUCUGAAAUGUUUUACGAUGGGUCUGCUUCCACAAUAGCCAUUAAUUCCUCAUUAUCCACCUUGGUCUCCAGCUGUCCAUGGGGCUUGUUCUGUAGGCGAAAUUACCAGAAAGAAAACGGAACCAAAAACGUACCGUGUUUUCUUUUGCGUCACGAGCACCAUACACAUCGGUAAUCCUUCGAGCUGUUUCUGCAGCACUGACGCCACGGUGGAACCCAUACUCGUAAAUAUGGCGAUAUUUUAUGUUUUCCAUUGUGCGUUAUGAAAGACGUCAAAGAAAAAACUAACCAGGCAAAAACAAAUAAAUUACUGUUCGAAACCCAAACGUACCAGUUAAAUGUAUUUAUAAAUUUGAAUUUGGAAUUCUUAAGCAAAGAUGAGAUAUUACAGAUCAAAGUGGCCAGUAUGACAAAAGGCCAAUUUCAUAUUAUGUAAGGACUAAUAUGUAUAAGUUUGUGAUUGAGGAAUUGCUUCACGUGCGUGUUGUGUUCCAGUUCGCCGCCGCCGGCGGCGGGCGCGGCGGGCGCGGCGGUCGCGGCGGGCGCGGCGUGCGAGGCGGGCGCGGCGGGCGGCGCGGCGGCGGCGGGGGAGGGGAGCGUGGUGCUGCUGUACGCGCGCGAGUGUGAGAGCGGCGAGCGGCUCGUGGCGCGCCUGCGCGACCUGCUGCAACACUACGGCGUGCAGGUGACGGAGCUGUUCAGCGCGGAGAGCAUGCGCGACGCGGGCGCGGCGGCGCACGCGUGGGUGCGCGGCGCGCUGGCGCGGCGGCGCGUGCUCGUGCUGCAGACGCCCGCGCUGCUCGCGCUGCACCCGCACCACCCGCACCACCCGCACCACCCGCACCACCACCCGCACCUCUCCACCGUCGCGCCGCUGCUGGGCGGGCGCGUGUACCGCGUGCCACACUUCGGCGACGCGCUGUUGCAAUACGCACUACGCCUGCUCUCUGACGACGCCUGCCAGCCGCACGCCUACCGCAAGUACUACCUCGCCACGCUGUCGGAGGUACCGACGGAGGUGUUCCCGUCGGUGGUGCCGUUCCGGCGCUACCCGCUGCCCGGCGCGGCGGCGCUGCUGGCGCAGGAGCUGGCGGCGGCGGGCGGCGACGCGGGCGCGGACAGUGGCGCCGCGCAUGCGCUGCAGCAGCUGGAGCGCGCGGCGCUGGAGUUCGCGGCGCACGUGCGCGCGCACCCCGACUACCUCGACGAACUGCUCAUCACAUAACGCACGCACGCACGCACGCACGCACGCACGCACGCACGCACGCACGCACGCACGCACGCACACACGCACACACUCGUACUUCAAUAAUACACACUCGAACACCGUUCCCGUUGUGCUACGUGUUGACGGUCGCCUGCGGACUGCAGUAUCGCACUGGUGAAAAACGAACAAUUUCAUUGAAAACGACAGUGCAGGAAACAUACUACGGAGACGCAGGUUUCACCGCAAACAGUAUCUACAAUGUGGUCACCUAACAUAAUCAUUUCAUAUCAAGUGAAAUUCUUAAAAUUACAAUCUCAGGUAGGCACGAUUUCAUUAGGAUCCGUAUGACUGGGCAGCUGGCAACUCGCUUGGGCAGUGUUCGGGAAAUUGUGCAACGUCUUCUCGUCCAAUAUGCCUCAGUGUCUGAAGACUGAAGUCUUCAAUCAAUGUGUGUUACUAACAUAUAUAUCACAUAUAACACUGAAAUAUGACCUCUAACAAUGGGCCCUAUAAGAAAACUUCAGAAGAACGAAAGUCACCGACAUAGCUCGCAGAACUGAUGGCCGAUGGGACAAGAAGGUUCUGGAGUAGGGCUACGAACUGCCACGCUACCAGGUGGACAGAUGACCUCGUAAAAGUCGCAGUAGGUCGCUGGACGCGAGCCGUUUCUAAUACGUCGAUCAGGAAAUCUUUGUGGGAGGCCCAUGUUCAGCAGUGGUUUGCACACUCUUGUUGCACAGAUGUGGCUGAAACUGAUUUUAAGAUAUUGAACAGUAAGCUAUACCGGAUCUUCCUGUGAGAUGUGUUAACGGAAGCCGUUCGCCGGUUAUUAGUUGUGUUGUAAGUAAUUGGUAUAUAUGUUCUGAGUUAUUUAUAAAAUUAAGAAAAAGAUGUGUUAUUGACACGAGUAUUUAUUUCAGUGUCGGUAACUAAGCAACCAAAACAACAGCUUUCAAAUAUCUAUAAAAAUAGAACACAUUAAAAAUAAUAGUCACAAUAAAGGUUACAUUCUACAAGUUUUCUAGUGGUUAUAUCGUCGUUGCGACUUCCUUAUAUAUUAAAUUGCAAAUAAGUCGUCCUCCACAGUGAAAAUGUACCGGGGCCAAACAUGACUUUAUGAUAUCAUCACAAAAUAAAAAACCAACAUUUGUUAAGCGCUCUUUUUACAGUAUUAAACAUUAUAUUAGCAAAAUAAUUACAG